AUGUCAUCAAGCGGCCACGAUGACGAGCCUUCCCCGGAGGAGAGGCCAGCCAAGAACCCCGUUGCCGUCGCCGGCACUCAGCGUGUCAAGAAGAAGCGCGUUCGGAAUUUCACCGAGGAUGAUCGAGCAGCCCAUCGCAUCUUCGAGAAGUCUAGGCGAGAGGCCUUCAAGGAGGCCUUGACCGUGAGUCUGAAUGUCAUAACUCGAGCUUUCUGUUUGCCAGCUAAUAAAUCCCGGAAGAACCUUGCGAGUCUUCUGCCCGCCCUCGCCGACACUGAGCCGCAGCGCUUGUCGAAACAUGUCGUCGUAGACGAGAGCAUAGCUUUCAUCAAAGCGCAACAUGAGCAGAUCAGAACAUUCAACGAGCAUCUUGAGUCUGUGAAGACGGAGCGCGACGAACUGCUGGCAGAGCUUAACCACUGGAGGGGUAGAGCUGUCAUGGUAGAACCACAACCAGUUCAUAAUAUAGCACAACCAACCAUGCAUCACGGAGACAACAGUACAGCCUCGGAUGCGAUUAUGGGAACAGUGCCUACAGCCUUGCAGUCUACAGACUCUCCCAUGCAUAUUAUUGGUGAACCCGCGGCGUUUCCAAACCCCAUUCACGAUCCUAACCUGUCACCCUCGGUGUCAGUCGAGCCAAACGCUAAUAUGCACUGGGAAAGCUUCGAGCCACAAAUCCAUCCUUUCAUAGGCCAUACGCAGAACGCGACGGGCUCUGUUAGCAUGGCAAAAUCAGAUUCGGAUCGAAUGAAUGCUCAAUCGCCUCUCGUACCACAGUUCAACGUCGACCAGGGGCAGCAUGGGGCAGUUUUUCUCCCCUUUGAGCCCCCUCAGCCAUUCAACGCUACGGGAUUCCAGACAGACACUUUCAUGUCCAAUGCGGUACCUCUACAAGACUACAUGCCCAUUAAGCAAGAGAUGGGCUAA